CACGCGGUAUUAGAGACCGCUCUCAACAUCUAAGUUUACUGUGUAACAUAUAUGUGUGACCACACAUUAUACAAAAUGUUUUUCAUGUUUUACCUGGGAUCAUCUGCCGAGGGUAUUUAAAUUGGAAGCAUUACAGGUUUGACUUGACUUUGUAAACAAUUUCUCUUUAAACUUUUCAUUUGUACGGGAAAACCUGCACUACUAAGUGUGCGAUGUGAAAGAGAAAGUCAGAUGUUUGGCUUUUAGUAUAGAAUAACAGUCUACAACACCUGUGAACAGAAACAUAUUACUACCUGUAAACAUUUCAGCUCCUGACUGGGAUUAGUGUUUUAAGUGAUUCAAGAAAAAUCUAUUCCUUUAAUAUUUUUUUCGAUAAUAGCUUUGCCCUGUUUGGAAAUUUCCCGUGGAGAUGAUACUAAAGGAUUAAACAGUGUGCAUUUUCAUCGACACAAGAAAUAUUCCGGACUACAGAUGAAGUUGAUUUCACAGUUGGAGAUGUUGGUGUUAGCUAUUUGCCUCGCGCUAUCUACGCCAAUUACAUCCGGGGAUACUAAUGACUACCUACAUCACAACCACGGAUGGGGUCCCUGGAGUGAAUGGUCCGGAUGUAACGCCCAGUGUGGGACUGGGUCAAUGACCCGGGACAGGUCAUGUAUUAGGGAAAACCACGCUUGCCAUGGAAAAAGCUCACAGUUUAAAGUUUGUAACACCCAGGUUUGUCAACCAGGACAGAAAUCACUGAGAGAAGAACUCUGUUCCUCACACGACGGAGAAGACAUUGGUCACGGGCGUUAUCGGUGGGCUCCAUACAUGUUGUUUGACGGAAGGUGUGAGCUGACAUGUCACGCCCGAGGUCAAGGUUUUUAUACAACAUUCAAAGAUCCUGUGGCGAAUGGUACAGUGUGCAAAAAGGACGGGUCAUCAAUUUGUGUACAGGGAAUGUGUAAGGGUUUUGGGUGUGACGGGAUUGUUGGAUCGCACACAACAAGUGAUAGGUGUGGAGUGUGUGGGGGAGAUGGCACCACAUGCGAAAUUAUGGUUGGGGUGAAGGACGAACGACAGUUGAGUUAUGGGUAUAGCUUUGUGCAUACUCUACCCGCCGGAUCCACUUACAUCAACAUAACACAGCUGGCCAGAAGUAGGAACUAUAUAGCUUUAAAGGUCAAGGACGGACCCUACUUCAUGAAUGGUAACAGGCGCCUGUCUCGUCAGGGAUCGAUCACAGGGGCUGGGACUACAUUUCAUUACCAUAGGAGGUACACGCGCAAAUGCCCUGGGGAGUGCAUCAUUUCGGACGGUCCAACAACAGAGAAUGUUGAUAUCAUGGUUUUAGCAUUUGGACAAAACAGUGGAAUAAUGUACAGAUAUGCCCAGCCAGUCAUACAGACGGAACCCAUUCCGACACUAAAUUCAUACGCACUGAAGGAUAUUACUCCGACCUUCACCGACCUAUUUGAUCAGUCGGACGAUGACGUCGACUAUGACGUCAAUGAUAAAGUUGUGACCGUGACUUCAAAAUCGGAUUUCAAUUCCACUGAAUACGGGAGUAAUGAAACAGACGUGAAAAUAGACGGCGCCGUUAUUGUCCAAGACACAUUUUUAGGACCGGAAGCGGAACUUGCGCCAACGAUAAUAACUGAUAAUACGGAAGAGGAAGUCAAUACCGAAACUGAUUCCGUCAUAUCGGGAGCAGAUGUAGAAACAAGGACUCCAGGUUACACACAGAGUUUUGAUUAUAUAGAUAAAAUGAGGGAACGACAAAAUAAUGGACAUCAAAAUAAUGGACACCAAAACAAUGGACACCAAAAUAAUGGACACCAAAACAAUGGACACCAAAAUAAUGGAUACACAAGCGGUGACGGUGAAUUUGUUAAUGCGCCUUUGGCAGAUACGGUUGGAACAAAUGACAAUAUUAUUGUUGUAAAUCCAGAAGAAUCCGUAUACGUUUCCGGUUCCGGAGAUGCAAUAUCCGGACGAUACCAGUGGCGAAUUGUUGGAUACACAGACUGUAGCAGAUCCUGUGGAACAGGAUACAAGAGACCAGAUCUAAAAUGUACUGCAUUUGGUUCGCCGGUCAGACGGUCAAAGUGUCGGAAUAUUCCUAUGCCAAACCGGGAUGCCAUUCCAUGCAAUGUUCGUCCGUGCCCGAACGACCGGCCUGCAAGAUGGGAGGCUUCUGAUUGGUCAUCUUGUAGCGUCACGUGCGGGUCCGGGGAUCAAAGACGUCACGUCCGGUGUUUCAAGGAUUUAGAAUACAACAGUGCCAUUGAAGUCAGACCAGAGAACUGCGCAUAUUCAACUAAACCGAAUGUUGUCCGAAGUUGCAGACAGGAUGAAUGUUAUCGAUGGAGUACUGGACAGUGGUCUAGGUGUUCCGUGACCUGUGGUUCCGGAACACGAACAAGGCCAGUAAAUUGCAUGACGACAAACGGGCGAGCUGUGGUGGAAAGCGCGUGCCGUCAAGAUCCUCGGCCGGUGUCCUCGACCUCCUGCUUCGAGUCGGAAUGUUACAACAAUAUCCCUGCUGGAGACAGCUCCGCCACCAACUGGUACUACACACAGUGGCAAAGUGGGUGUCCUGUAGACUGUGGCGAAGGAACACAGACCAGAAAGAUCGCCUGUUUGAGACGGGACGGUUACGCUACCUCAGAGCAAUCAUGCUCUGUAUCAAUGAAACCUUCCGGCUCUAAACCUUGCACGAAAAGGGGAAUGUGUGGAGCGUACUGGUUUACCGGUCCGUGGAACGAGUGCAACGUCACCUGUGGAACCGGAAGUAAAACCCGGGCAGUUGUGUGCGUGCGGAAAGACACCAAUGGGAUGGCGAACGUCAUCUCCGACUAUUAUUGUGAUUUGGAAAAUAAGCCAGAGACUACUACUUCCUGUCUGCUGACCAGGUGUAUGCCGGAAUGGUUUAUGUCAGAGUGGGGACAGUGCUCUGUAACUUGCGGAAAUGGCGUGCGUUCUCGAGAGGUCCGAUGUCUCGACGGAAACUACAGACCUGUAGGCGGAUGUGAUCCGCUUCUCCAACCAGAAACAACAGAACCAUGCAACACAGACGCAUGCAGUGUACCUCCUCCACAGGAACAAAAACAAUGCGUAGACAAAUACAGUCAUUGUAUCAUGGUUCUGAAGACGACGCUUUGUAAAUACAGAUACUACAAAGACCUGUGUUGUGAAUCAUGUCUGGAAGCAGGAUUUGUGUGAUGGUUAUGGUGGCAGAUGUGACGUCACCGUAGCAUAAAACAAAGGCUUGUGUUGCAAAACAUGUUUUGAAGCAGGAGAGGUGUGAUGUAAGAUAUGACGUCAUGGUAGAAUAAAAUCCAGAUAUGCAAAUAAUGUUUUGAAGCAAAAUUCGCGUAAGGGAAGUGACGUCAGAUUAGCAUUAAUGCUAAAAAGGAAGCAUAUGAGUGAUAAAAGACAACAAAUGCUCACCAUAUUUGACGUCAUCCAUUAGACAAACACUUAAAAGUGAAAUUCAGCUUUUUAACAAAUCAACAGUUUUGAGAAAACCGCAGUUAUACUCUUAAACCUCAAAUACUGAAUGUGUAAUAUUCACAGUGACGGAGAUAUUGCGUUUAUCCCGUGCGCCAUUUCAAAUAUUUUCUAAAAUAGAGUGCGCUGUUUAACUUUACUUGUAACAUAUGGUAUGUAAACUCGUGACGUAAUCAGCAGUCCUGGUGACAUAAACUGCACUAGCGCAUUCAAUUUCACCGUUAACCAGUGACGUUUAUUACAUAAACUUGUGACGUUUAUAACAUGAACGUCAUUGUAAAAAUGAAAGCAAAAUAGCUUCAACAUUUCAUUGAGUCGUAUUUGAAGAGGAAAAAUUAAUUGGUUUGUGUUUGUGUGAAAAUUAUUUCACAUUAUACAGACCUUCUCUGUAUAUGCAUUGUAGUACAUUAUAAAUAUCGUAUAAUUAUCAUCUAUACAGUCCCGCACUCUUGUAGAAGAUGUACAGGUGGUGACAAAACCUAAACGAGUUCAGAGACAGUGGAACAACUGGUAAAAAGUGUUGUAAAUUCGCAAUUUUCAUUGAAAUAUCACGUGUUUGUUUGUGAUGCUGUGUUUAUAGCAUAACAGUUGCAGUGAAUUUCAUGACACGGUGACAUAAUAGUUGGCUGGAUCAAUUUCAGAUCCACUCUCCUAAUGACAAAGAUAACACAUAUAUCAAAUCGUUUUAAACCAUGAAAUAAAAUGUGUUUCGUCUCCAGUUUCGAAGAAUAGGUAUACUUGUAUAUACGUAUAUGUUAAUAAUGUGAAGCUAAAAGUUACUUCGAAUUGGUUAAUAUAACAAUGAUAGGGUUAACUGAUACCAAUGUUGACCUCAACUAUGGACUAUAAUUGUAAAAUACCAGUUUAGAGAGAAAUCUUCAUGAAAAAGAGAUUAACAGAAAGUCGAACGGAUCGACAUAUUUAUAGUUAGUGAUACAAUCUUCAAUACAGUUGAACCUCGUUAUCUCGAAGUCGGCGGGACUGUGGGAUUUCUUCGAGAUAUCUGAGUUUCGAUUUAGGUAAGUUCGAAUUUUAGUGUGAAGUUUGACCGACGCAUUACUUCGAAUUAAAUAGGGUAAUCGAGUUAGGAGAGUUCGGGUAAACAAGGUUCAACUGUAUUUGUCCAAGAAAUGAAAAUCAUAAUUCAAAUGAUAGGUUUUCGAAUUCUGAAUUUUGGUAUUCAUCCGGAAUCCAAGGAAAUGUCCUUUAAAGUGAAAUCAGUUGGAGUAAAAAAUAUAGAGGUAUCACUUAAAUUAAAGUGAUUUUCAUAAUGUAUUGUUGCGUUAAUGACGUCAUGGUAUACACCGUCAAUGUGACGUGACGUCAUACUAUCUACAGAAGUAUACUGGCAGAUAAAAUUGAAUUCUAAAAAUGUACAUGUGAUAUAUGAUUGUAAUAACAAACCUUGUAAUAUUUAAUGCAAUUCUAAUAGUAAUUGUGACUUCACCCCAUACUCGUUUUACACUUAUUUGACUGAUUUUAAAACAUGUGUUUCUGUUACUCAUCUUUCUGUGUGUGUAUGUGUGUGUUGUAUACAUGUAAAUAAUGGCCAUAAUUCCAAAUAUAAACUAUGUAUCGGUAUUGUUCAUAAUUAUUGCUUACAAGACAAAUAGCAGGCAUUGUCUGUCCUAAAGUUCGGAUGUAACAGGGUUAUUUGCGGUAGUAUCUUAUACAUUGGAAUAUAAUUCAUAGUUAGGUAAUGUGAAAGGGGUAAUAUUUUUUGUUGCUUAAUGUUUUUCAUUUGACGAGCUCCUUUACCGAUUGUUUAAAGUGACAUAUAUCUUAACUGACACUUACAUGUGUUUAUUUAUGUGGAUUUUAUAUCGACUCGAAAUAGGGAGAAAAUUAUCAUCACUCGAACAACGACAUUGCAUGAUAUAAGAUAAAUUAUAAUCGGACCCUUCUUGAAUGCUCUACCUUAUCAUGUCGUGUGGCAUUUGGUAAGUAUCUACAAUUUCAAUGGUGUUGAUAUGAUCUAAUCCUUUGUGUCAGACAUAGAUGUACUACAGAAUGACAUCUUUAGAUAAUGUAUUCAUCCGCUGGAUUGCAAAUGAAGUUCAUGUAGAAAUCCGCACAAUAAACUAGUGCUGGUAUUUUUGGACAAAACGAUGUAUGUGUAUAUUGUAUUAUGUCAUAUUCUAUAAUGAGUAUAUGCUGUUGGAUAGUAUCGUUCUCAUGAUUGGUGCUAUUAAAUCUGGUUUUCUAAAAUCUGGACGAAAGAGAAAUAUCACGGAAAUACGAGAGCGAGGAAAUAUGACGUCAUGAUUCAAUAUUGUAAGUGAACCGACGAUUCGAACCGAUAAUGAUGAUAAUGUGUCUAAAUUUCUGCAGGUAGUGUACUGGAUACACCAAUAUUUCUAAUUUCCACAGAAUGAAACUUAUUGUAUUAUAAUUUUAUGAUACCUAGAUAUGAGAUAAGUCUAUAUGUAGACUUAGAACAUGACGUCAAUUGGGAUACAUGUAUUUCCGUUUUGAAAUGUCCAUUCCUUAACUUACGGUACGUGUUGUACAUAUGUUCACCGUUGACAGACCUAAGCCUGCGCUAGCACUCAAUAUGAUUGCACAUAGCAUGAUGAUAGAAAAACAGGCAAUUAAUGUAUAGCUAUCGUUUAGAUAUUGAAAUAGCGUAUUUGUAACACACUUACCAUAUCAAUAUAUUAAAACUAGGUAUUUAAUAAUUAAAUUAAAUUAAAUUACUUUAUUUCAUUUCAAUUCUGACGAGACAUACGUAAUUUUCAUGAAUAUAUUUCAAAAUUAGAUCGAUAAAUAAAUAAUAAAUAUAGACACAGAAGAUUGAAAAUCAAUACAUCUUAUGUCUCAGAGCUAGAAUACACUGUUUAUUUACCUUUAAAAUUUGUUUUGUUGUUGUUGAUAAAAUAUACUUAAAACUCAAGCAUGUUUUUGUAUCAUAUUGUAUAAUUGUAUUGUCUUGGUGACAAUGAAAUAUCUUUGCCAGUUUUUUGUAGGUUAUAUUGCGAUAAUACGCUUUGUAUUAACAGCGCCGCAAACGCAAAAGUCUGAAUGUAUUUGACGAAAAUAAACAAAAGCAUUUAAAAUAAUCCAAUAAAAGGUUUUAUUUGAAA